CGCCGCAACAACAAUUGAUAUCGCAGUUACACACCGACGACCGGAACCUGCGGAUUAAAUGACAUUUUCAAGGAGCCAUUUUUAAAACAAAAAGAAACGGAAAUUAUGUUGCUGGAACGAUUAUGCUGGCUGUUGCCGGCACUAGUGAUAUUUUGGACGAAUCCGCAAUUAGGUGCGACCGUACCGGUCCACGAUGAACCACGCGCGCACGUGCCUGCGAACAUUUUCGAUCCUAGUGCAGCCACAUCAACAAUGAUCCGUCAGGACUACAACAAACGCGCUCAUCCUACGGACGGCAACAAAAACAACAUGCAGUCCAGCCACAAACUGGUCGCUUCCCCGGCCGGACUUUUGCGGCCCGACAAGUUUCAGUUUUAUACUUACAACGACAAGGGUGAUAUGAUUACGCGGCAGAUGACCGUUGAGGAGAUUCAAGGUCUCAUUGCAGCAGGUGGCGCGGAUCACAUAGCGAUGGACAGGCAAGAACCUCAAAAAGCCGGCGACGUUCUGACGGGCGGCAAAAAGGUCAUGGAUGUGGUCCAGAAGGUGCAGAACGUGUUGAAGAGCGCGCUCGACAAACCGCCCGCUUUAACGGGCGGUUUGAUUCCGAAGAUUCCGGAACACGCGAACGUCGAGUGGAGCAACAUUCUGCCGUCGAUUCUGUCAGGUGAAACGGACGCGAUUCUUUCGGGCGGCGAAUUCAAUCAUCUGUCGCGAAAUCCCACGACUGAGAAAACUGUGAGCGCGACGUCGAAAGUCCCGACGAGGAAGCCCCCGAUAAUGUCGCCCGACGUUCAGAAUGCGUACGGCGGUUUCGCUAAUAACAACGUGCCGCAGGAAAAAAAACCGACGGAGAAACCGAUGAUCCCGGUUCCGGUUAUCACUUUAACGGAACAGAAAUUGUCCACGUUGCAAUCCGCCGUUACCGAGAGCCCGAUUUUCCAGAUGCUCAGUGUGAUACCGGUCGAGAGUGAUAACAAGCCGACUGUCUCUUCUAGCUCCGCUACUACUACGAUUACUACUACUACUACUACUACUACUAGUACUACUACUGAGCGCGGUCAAACUGAACACUUCGUGGAGGUGACUUUGACGGAAGUGCCCGAAGCUACGACACUCCCGCAGUUGACGAGUUCAGAUACGCAACCUUUGAGUGUGUACAAUAUCACGAAAAACAUAACGAAUCUCAACGACACGGUGGAUCAGGCAAUAACAGUUCCAUUGGUAUAUCAUUCGAUUACCACACCGAGUGUAUCAUCAUCAUCAUCAUCAUCGUCGACGGAAUUGAUACCCGACAUGCAGAAGAUUGUCACGUUCGACGUGUCUUCCAGUGAUGAGGCAAUCACGAGUGUGACCGACGACAUUUCGUCUUCGAGCGCGGAUUACGUUGUCACGCAGAGCAAGAACAAUACGGAGCCGGCGGCUUCGUAUGAUGAAGAUUCCUCCUCGUUCGUGCCGGGUGUUACGACAGAGUCUCAGGUGAGCGCAACAUACGAUACAGCAAUUCCGCGAACUAAUGCCACCACUUCGGAGCCACUGCUUUCCCACGCAUCCGCGCCACUAAAAUCUGAUCACGACGAAACAUCGUCGACCGUCUUCUUCUCCGCUUCGGAAGUUCUCGAGGUCUCGACUAGUGCCUCAACACUGCAGCACGCGGCAAAUCAGCUCGGUGAAAAUUUCACGAUUGUUACGAAAGAAUCAUUAGGUUACUCGUCGGUUACGCCGACGUACACGCCGGCGGCUCAUCGCAAUUCCCAACCGACCACUGAGAUCCAACCACAGCCGGCGCCGGUCGAACCAUUACCCACGCAAUUGAUCGACUCCCUGUCCAACGUAAUGAGUCAGGUCUCGGAAGCGAGACCUCCCAUGUUGUCGUUGCCGUCGAACGAGACGCCGGAGAUGAUGCCGAUCGACGUGAACGUCGAUUACGACGGAAGACGCAACGUCUCGGAUCAAACAGCGAUUGCGAACACGCAACACGACGCGCUCACGUCCCACGACGCGAACGAGGAAAAACACGUUGCCAGUACGGAAAAAAUUCACACGACUAUUCCCAUCGAAGCUCUAUUGCCGGUCGUUACCGUUCGACCGAUUGAUUACACCGUUCAACAGUCCGAUGCAAUGACAGAUGCGAAUCGAGAAUCGAUCGCGAACGUCGGAAUCUCCGAGACUCUUCCAAAUGCUAAGAUUGUUACAACACCGGCUUCGAUCGAAGCGAUGAAAAACGAUAUGGCAAUCGAAAAUUCAACCGCAACGCCGGAGAAAGUAAGCGUCCAAUCGAUCGGUACGACCACUUCGCACUCGACUCAGCCCGAGAAGAUUCUCAACGUUUCGUCACCGGCGAGUCAAACCGUCGCGACUGAUGCAGCUUUGGAGAAACACGUCGUCGACGAAGCUACGUCGACCGUCGCGAAAAUCUCGUCCACCGCUUCAACGGCACUCGACUCGGUAGCCGAAACGACGCGACCGACAACAACCGCGUUGUUGUCGAAUGAAUCCUCGAGCAAAUCCACGCCGACUGUUGAAAUCUUCGAAGAUACAUUUGCGAAGUUGAAUUUGAGCAAUCCGGUGUCGGCUGUGGAUCAAUUACUGAACAUCGCACCCUUACCGUCCAGCAUUCCUUCGGUCGAGCCGAUCGCUUUGCCUACGCACGCGUCGAAUCUCGCAGCCGGCGACUUGGCGAGCGGUCUCAUCGCCGGAUUUGCGACGAGCGCGUCGUCCAACGAGAAUCAAGCAACGACGAGCGCGCCGACGAUCUCGUCCGACGCGACGAAGCUCGCGGAAGAGAUCAAAACCACCGUUCAAAUGUACAAGGACAGUGUCGAAAAGAAGGACGAUCAGAAGGAAAGAAAUGCGACGCAAACAACGCAGGCGUCGCUCUUAACGGACUCGGAACUCGCGAACGACACGUUAAAGACGAAGGAGGAGUCGGUCAAUGACACGACAGAAGCGAUUAAACCGUCGACUGGUAGCGAGAGAGUCGACGAUUCGACAACAGCGUCUUCUUCUUCGUCUUCCUUGCCAGACACAUUCGCGACUACUACCGAAAAUGCGAAGGACAACGUCGGACAGGGCGCUGCAAUUGUCGCGGAAUUCGUUACCGCUGGUUCCGCGAAACCAUCGACGACGGGCAAUAUUCAAUCGUCGAAUGCCAACGAGACAUUACCGAGCGGCGAAAGUAACGAUCGAAAGAAACCGGAGAACAACGAGAGAACAAAAACCACGGAGGCGCCUGUUGUAACAAAAACAGACGCGAGUCCGGAGUCGCAGUUACCUGUGAAAGUUGCGUUAAUUGAUCCGGCUGACGCAAACAACAACACCAGGCAUUCGGUGAACGUGUCGACACACGCAACGGAGAGCAACGCGAAAACGGAAAACCAAACGUCGGGCGAAUCCCUCGUCGCGAUUAUCUCGUCAACGACAGAGAAAGUUCUUCCUCAUUUCGCUUCGAACAAUUCCAACUCCGAGUUGUUGCAUAGUUCGCACAAAAUUAUUAGCAGCGCUUCUAACGUUACGUUAAACACUGCCGUGGCGAACGAAACGACCUCGUCCGAGUCUUCUUCGCAAAAUCUGAACAUCGCAGAAAUUGACUUCAAAGAUGACCACACGAUUGUGCAGCAGGGUAACGAGAAGAACGACAACGGCUCUUUGUUUUCGAGUCAGAAAGACGUCGGCACUACCAAGCCGAUUGUCGCGGAAGUUGACACGCAGAAAUUGUCAGGCGACGCAAAUGAGAACAAGCAAGAACUCGCCAAACCGAGUUUGAAUAAUAAUAACACGAACAAUUCGAGUUCUGUCGAUAACGUCUUAAGUCAGAAUAAGAAACCUUCUCAGAUCACGACGCAGAAGACGACGACAAUCGAAACGAACGUUUCCGGAUUGUCGAUAAAGAACGACUCGAUUAACGGACAGUUGUUGAACAAGACGGAGAACAAACCCGCGUCCUUGAAACAUUCCGAGAGCCCGAAGCCGGAAGUGACGCGCGUGCCGUCAUCGACGACGCCUCCGGUUCGCCAGGUGUCGAGACCCACGGUUGGCCACAAGCCCGCGGAGAAACCCGACGUCGUUUCGACGACCGACACGAGCGCGGAGGACAAGUGGACGCUGAUAACGCAGCAAGUCCCGCCGAAGCUCCCGAAGCCGCCGAGACCACCGUCAAGGAAACCACCACCCGUCGUCAGCCAAACGUUCCCACCGUUCACAUCCAGCUCCGUAAUCGAGAACAAUCGUUUCCCGACGACCGAAGCGACGCAGGAUCAGCAGGAGACUUCGACGCAAUCCGUUCAGCUGGACGCGUCGCAGAGCGCGAACGGCUUGGACGUUACUGUCAGUCGCACGAGCGCCGACAUCGUGAACUUCGCCAAACUGUGCAACGAGCUCGCGUUCAACUUCUGGGUUGCCACCAACAAGGGUCUGAGCACCGCGCGAUCGCUGGCGCUUUCGCCGUUCGGAAUGACCAGUUUGCUGGCGAUGAUCUUCCUGGGCGCUCGCGGACCGACGUCCGAUCAGAUGAACGAGGUGCUCGGUCUGGACGACGUGGCCACGUUCAAUCCGCAUUUGGUGUUUCAGAAUAUAACCGACACCGUGAGCCUGGUGAGGGGUCAGGGUAUCGCGAACGCCGCUUUCGUUCGGGAAUUGUUCGCCGACAAGAUGAAAGUUCGAAAGCUCAUGCCUUUCUACAAGGAGCAGGCGCAACAGUUUUACGAGGGUCUCGUAACCGAGGUGAACUUCGCCACCAUCAGCGACCUCGUGCGCAGGCGAACGAAUUUGCUUAUCAGGAAGCAAACCGGCGGUAGGAUCAAGGACUUCGUCAAGACGAGCACGAUUCCGCUGAGAUCGCCUUUGGCCGCGCUCUCCGCCAACGUGUUUCAAACCGACUGCAACAGCAGUCUGACCAGUUCCGUCGGCAGGGACGGCGAAUUGUACUUCGCGGUCUCGCCGGCGGUCAGACAGAGAAAACUCGUACCCGUCCCGGCUACCACUUGGCGAUCGAGUGUCCUGGCCGGCUACGAGCCCAGUAUCGACGCCACCGCGAUCGCCCUCGGGGGUAGCGACAAAUUGGUCUCGACCAUCUUCGUCUUGCCGGGUCAGCAGGGUCACACCGCGCCCGGCGACACCCUGGAUCGUCUCGAGCAGCGUCUCGUGCGAAGCGCCUUUCGCGACGGCACCUGGAACAAAUUGCUCAAAGUUCUGAUCCCGAGGAACAGCCUGGAGCUGCAGGUUCCGAAGUUCAGUCACAGAUCCAUCAUCAACGCCACCGCCGCUCUAAAGAGAAUGGGACUGGACGAGCUCUUCUCGGGCAACGCCGAUUUCAAGGGCAUCAACGGCGUAGGUCAUCGACUUUAUUUGGCCGACGUGUUACAAAUGAACCUGUUCAGCACCUGCGGCGACGAGAACGUUCUUAACAAUCGGCAUCACGUGGAAACGUAUCCCUCAACACCGUUGAGAAGAAGCGCCAGGCGACACAUGAAAGUAAUCGACGAUACCAACGUUUCCGAGGAGGAUGCGUCGUAUGACGGCGACGUGUUGUCGAUCGAGUCGCUAGAGGAUUUCUACAGAGAGGAAAGACAGACCACCGUGUCGGAAAAACCGAAAUUAAAACUCGACAGGCCCUUCUUGUACUUCGUUCGUCACAAUCCCUCCGGCAUAAUACUUCACAUGGGACGUUUCAAUCCUCGAUUACUGUCCUGAACGAACGCACACAUACACACACACACACACACAUAUAUAUCUCGCUAAAUGCCAUUAACCCGAUCCCGUUUCGUUUUCUCGUUCUUCGAUAACUUCACACAAUCGCGGAUUUUUCUGUUUUACGAGAAAAGCAAGCCGACUCUCGUUCGAAAUAAUCGAUUUGCUCAAACAAACGUUUUCUUUCUAUCGAUUCGCUCAAUGUAUUUUCGAACAGCGAAGCGUAGAAUAAUGACUUGGAUGAUUUUCCGUCUAGGAAAUUUUGUAAACAAUUUUCCCGAACUAGAAUUACGUAAUUGUAACUUUCUCGCUCGCGUUUUCGUUUAGAGAUAAGAAAAUUCACGCGAUAUCUUUCGCACGAAUAAAUAAUAUGUAUGUCGCACGUUCCGCAAUGUACGCAAAAAUUAAUUCGUGACAUCUCUCACACGACAUGGAUAUCGCGCGCGUUACUUUUAUACUAUUAUAUUUUUAAGGAUGAAAAAUGAUUAAAAGAACGAUCAAAAUGAUAGACUGAAAUGAGAAAGGAAAGAUGUGGUUGUACGCGAAAGAGAAACGAUCUUAAUCGCGGUCCAAAUGAUCGUUUAUUUCUUUUUUUUUUUGUUUUUUGCGAAGUGGAAAUGCAAACGACUGCGAUGCGCGAUCGCGCCAGCAAACUCGACGAGUUCUUAUCAAACGUCAAUAAAUCUAUUUGGACCCUGAUUGACAUUACGCAAUCUUUUAACACCGUUGUGAUAUAAACUGAGCGUUAAAUCUUUUUUGUAUGUGUGCGUGAAGAGAGAGAGAGAGAGAGAAAGAGAGAGAGAGAGAGAGAGAGAGAGAGAGACAAAGAAAGAGAGAAUAAAUCCGUUAAAACGCGCGCUCGGUCCGCCCACAUGUAUGAAAAAAAAAAAAAAUGGUUAAAACCCGGGUAAUGUGUGUAUGUGUUUUACUUUGCAGAUAUAUAAGUAUGCGACAAUUCCGAUAUAUACAGCAAAGCGUCUAAUGUAGAUCUUGCGUUUUACGGAAUUUGUGUAAAAAGAGACAGGCUAGAGGCUUUUACAACACUCCCCAUGUGUAGUUGUCACCAAAAAAAAAAAAAAAAGAAAAAAAAAACCCAAGCGAGACUUCACCUCUUCCGAAUUCCCUUAGUCGCUAGUUUUGUUCACACACUUCCUCAGUCCGCCACUCGCGCUGCCAUGUACAUUAACAAUACACUAUAUCUCUCUUGCUUGUAUCUUCAUUCAUUCAUUCAUUUUAGAUUAAUGCGAGAUCCAACAGCUCCACGUGUGAAAUAUAUGUUUACUUCGCGUUGUCGCUAAAAAAAAAAAACAUGGCGCUCAAGGUGUUAUCAGUAUCUCGUUAGGUAUUUACCCGUUUCUAUUCACUCCGUUGUGUGUGCGAAUCUCGACAAAUUUGCAAUGCUCUUCCCUUCCCCUUUCCCCCUUUCUCCUUUUUUACGCUCUCGCGAAUUUUCGCGUACGAGGUACUUGCAGUUUCCGAUUUCGAACCACCCUGUAAUCGUUCGAUUGAGGGGAAAGUUUUGUCGACCAUUGUAAUCACAUCUCGGCAGUUUCGCUAAUGUUUUUUUUUUUUCGAGAGAGAGAGAGAGAGAAAGAAAUCAACUCGAAAAACAAUUCCGAGUUUCGCAAUCGAAGACCUUGGAGAUCGCCCGAUCAGUAGUCUUCGCACUAUUUCUGAGCUAUGGGACGAUAUUUAUUUUUUUUUUUGUUUUUCAUUAACUCUCAUUCUGUAUAUAAUUUCUGACAUCGAUGAUCUGUCGUUAAAAAAAAAAAAAAAAAACAGAUUCAUACGAUUUCUAACGUUCACACACACACACGCACAAGCUACAAUAAUCGUUAACGUUUUAUUAAUGAAAAUAAUAAUCUUUAACGAAACAUAUUACGCACGUACGAUGAUUUUAAUCUUUCAGAAUUUGUUAGCUUUAACCUGGGGCGCACUUUCUGAUUUAUCUACCACUUUAUAUGAUUUAUCUUUUACCACUUUUGUAAAAGCGCAAUAAAAUCACUUUAAAUGAAAACGCGCAACUUUGUUCAAUAAUAAUGACUUGGAUAAAUGCGCUUCCCGCAUUCUUGCGAGUUAGACACGGCGAUUGCAAUCGUUUCUCCCUCCCUUCCCACCGGUCUCAAACUAAUCGCACGCAUCAUUGUUUUAUCUGCUUUUAUAACAUGCGUGUGUCAUUGGCAGGUGAUAAAUAGCGACGAUGGUGGGGAUCUUUGUUCGUUUAUCUUGCAGUUGACGUAAAGUCUUGUCGCUAUAAAGAUGGGAAGCCAUUUCGUUCUCUAUUAGUAUAUAAAUGUAACAUUGUGUGAAUGAUCAAAAUUUAUUUACGGAAAAUCUAAAAUUAUAUAUCAUACACGUUU